GAGUGACUGAUGGGGGGGGGUGGCAGGAGCGAUUGGCCUAGGUGGGAGGGGAGCUGUGGCCUCCUGUUAGGCUCACUUCUCAGGAUCAGACCCUAGGAAGUCUCUUAGCCAGAGCCGCAGGGGAAGUUCUGCCCCUGCGAAUGUGAGGCCAUGACAGCAGCUUAUGAGAGACUAGGGGUUGAGAAAUUAAUAAUUAAAGACGACCCGUAUUGAAAUAAAACUAGGUUAAAUUGAGGUUUGUCUUCCUCUUUAUGCCUCAUUAAAGUGGCACUUGAAGUAGAUUAAGGGCUAACUACUACAUGCCUUUGGCUUUUUAAAUUUAUUUUUUCUAGAUAAGGUUUCUCUGUGUAGUUCAGGGUUUCAUUGAAACUUACUCUGUAGACCAGGCCAGAUAUUGGCCUGCUUCUGCCUUUUGAAUUAUUUAUUUAUUGGUUUUUGAGGCAAGGCCUCACAAGUCCUGUAUGUCCUGAAACUCAACAGUGUAGACCAGGCUGGGAUUAAUGGUGGGUGCCUACCCUGGCUUUUUUUUUUUUUUUUUUUUUUUUUUUUGGACUGUGGGGUUUUUGUUUGUGUUUUUUUUCUUUUUCAGGACAAGGUUUCUCUGUGUAACCCUGGCUGUCCUGGAACUUGCUCUGUAGACCAGGCUGACCUUUAACUUGGGAUCUUUAUGUGUUUUCAUGUCUUUUCCUCCUGAGUACUGAGGUUGCAGGUUUGAGUCACCAUACCCUACUAUCUCAAUAUUUUUAAUUUGUAUUUUAUUUCUUGUUUGACGCAGGGUUUCACUGCUAGCCCUGGCUGUGCCAGAACUCACUCUGCAGAUCAGACUGGCUUUGAACUCAAAGAGAUCCUCCUGCCUCUGCCUCCCAGUGGUGGAAUUAAAGGUGUGUGCUACCACUGAACCACUCAGUUAAUCUUCUUAAAAACUUGCAUUUAUUUAUUUUUGUGUAGAUGUGCAUGUGCAAUGGUGGAUGUUUGGAGAGCAGAAGAUAGACAACUUAAGGAGUUCGUUUUCUUCUAUGUAGGUCCCUGGGAUUAAAUUCAGGUUGUUAAAUUUCGUGGUAAGCACCAUUUAUUGCUGGGCCAUUUCACUUGCCUGGACUUGGUUGGUCUUUAAAUUGUAAAGAAAUAAGAAUCUUGGGUUCUAUAAUUCCAGAGUUUUACAUAUCUUUGUCAGUGGCCAGAAACUCAUAAUUCUAUGAAGCAUGCAACAGUUUAUAUAUAUAUUUUCGAGGCCGGCUUUCUCUGGCUUUGGAGCCUGUCUUGGAACUAGCUCUUAUAGACCAGGCUGGCCCCGAACUCACAGAGAUCCAUCUAUCUCUGCCUCCAAUCCAGAGUGCUGGGAUUAAAGGUGUGGGCCACCACUGCCCAGGUCAUACAACAUAUUAUUGAGUAUGAAUAAUUCCUGCAAAGUCACUCUGAAAUUCAUAUCUAAUAUUGUUUGAUUUUUUUCACUCCAUUGUUGAUAGUGCUGCCCCCAGAGAGACUCAGGAAAAAUGAUUUUCAUCAUGAUCACAGAGGUAUUUAAAAUAGCUAUGUCUCUUCAGCAUUCUUUGAAUGCUCUUAUUUGAAAUACUGCAGUAUGUCAGUCCAUGGGGAUAAAAUAUGGAGGGAGGUACAGAGCAGAGUGGUGGGAAAUAGAUAAAAUACAAAGAAAGUUUAGUUCAUGGUGAAAAUGAUAUUUGAAAGGAGUGGAGGCAGUAGAUAAGUCAGCAGGCAGUUUGAUAGUCAAUGAACUGUUUGGGGAAAAAAAAAUUAGAACAUAUUCAAGGCCCUAGGUUUAAUCACUAGUGUUAGAAAAACAAAGCAACCCAAAAAAGUUGGAAUUGGGGAAUUAGUCCUGCUAACUUGAAGUUUACACACUCAUGCUUUUUCAAGCAACCCUAACUAAAUACAGUGCCCCCAAAAGAUGUGGAAGUAGGAGAGGGAAAGAAGGGAUUCUGUGUGAGGAGGACGGAGAUGAGAGGAUAAUGGAGGGGAAUGUGGUCUACGUGCAUUACAUUUCUGUGUAUGAAGUUGUCAAAGAAGUUGCAAUUCUUACUUGAUUCACUCCUUAUACCAAAAUAAGUUUCACACAGAUAUUAAGAAACAAACAACAAAAACCCUAAAACUUUAAGGAACUGGGUAUGGUGUAAUUCCUAGCACUGAGAAGGCUAUGUUGAUGGGAAGCUUGUUAAAGUAGUUGAAGCCAGUCUGACUUACACAGGGGGUUCUGGCCAUCCUGGAACUUGUGUGAGACCUUGACUUAAAAGAAAAAUUUAAAGAUAGGUGAAUUUUGCAUUAUAUAUUAUAAUAGGCUAUUUUCCUAAAAUACAAAAACUUUUAAAAUCAAUAAUUUGGGGAAUUUUUGGAGAAUGUUAACUCUGUAGCCCAGGUUAGACCUAAGAGUCUCAUUAUGUAGUCUAUAGCCAUAGAAUUGAGUGGAAUAUAAACUGAGCUUUCUAGAGGAUAGUUCAGCAGUUCCAGUAUAUUAAAUACCCAUACCUCUACCCAAUUUUUUGUACAGGAUCUUACUAUGUAGAGCUGGAUGGCCCGGAACUCUCAGGCCUCAACACAGAUAUCUACCUGCCUUUGCCUCCUUAUUUCUACUAUUAAUGAUCAGGGCCACCAUACCCCACUUUAAAUAUUCACAAUCUUCUUCAGCAAUUCCAUUACUAGUACUUUUUCUUUAACUCAAAAAGCUAUUUUAUCUCGUUUCUUUUUUUACUUUUAAAAAUUUGUAUUUAUGCUGGGCUGUGAUGGUACACGCCUUUAAUCCCAGCACUUGGGAGGCAGAAUCAGGUGGAUCUCUGUAAGUUUGAGGCCAGCCUGGUCUAUAGAGCAAGUUCCAAGGGUCAGACUCCAAAAAGCUACAGAGAAACCCUGGUUUGUGUGUGUGUGUGUGUGUGUGUGUGUGUGUGUGUGUGUGUGUGUGUGUGUGUUUGUGUUUGUAUUUUUAGGACAGGGUCUCACUGGCUGGCCUGGAACUCACUCUAUAGGCUACACUGACUUCAAACUUAGAGAAAUCUGCCUGCUUCUGCCUGAGUGCUGGGAUAGGUUUAACUUGUUCUAUUUUUUGCGAUGGUCUCUGUAUAGCCUGGCUAUCUUGGAACUUACUACUUAGAUUACACUGACCUCAAACUGAGUUCUUGGCUCAGCUUCCUGAGUACUAAGAUGAAAGGUGUGUGCUACCACACCAGGCAUACCUCCAGCAUUUGAUGAGGAUUGAGGAUCUGGGUUUCUGAAGUGAGAAGUGCAAAGAUUCACCUGGAGAAAAUUGAGUACUCAGUAGAAUCUAGUAGGCAAAGAUUCUCAGGGAUAGAGAGAUGGUUCAGUGGCUAAGGACACUUGCUACUUUUUCAGAGUUACAACCCCAGAAUUGGGUAGCUCAUAACCACUUUAACUCCAGCCCCAGGGAAUCCAACCUGCUCUUUUGGCCUUUGUGGGUAAACUGUGCCAUAGGCAAACAGUGACAUAAAUAAAAAAGUUUUAAGGUUUUUUUUUUUUUCAUUCCAUAGCUAAAGGCUGGCCUGGAACUUGUGACAAUAUUCUUUCUCCAUAACUAAAAAUGACCUGGAAUUCUCUGAUGGCUAUGACUGGGCUGGAACUUGUGACAGUCUCCUCCUUAAGCCUCCCAAGUGUUGAGACUAUAUCCAUGAGCUACCUGAUUUUAGAACCACUCCUUGAUAUUGAUGCAUCAGUUAUUCUGACUUUGUAGUGACCAAAAGUAAACACAUAAUACUUCCUAAUUAUGUUGCUUCCCGUUUAGGGUAGCAGAUUGAUACGUAUAUAAGCAUUUACAGUGAAUGGUGAUAAGAAAAUGUGAUGGGCAGAAGUGGUAGUACCAUAGGGGUAGAGAAGAGAGAGGACAGCCAUUUUCUGGUUUACUUUUUACAGUAGUCCUAUGAAAGAAACAGUUCUUUUAUAACUACUGCUCAAGAGCCUGUCUUGUGAAAGUCUAGGUGAGCUGGCUUACAGCAUAGUUAUUAGCAUAGUUGGAGAGGUCUGAAUCAAGCUAUCUCACUGUUCAGUUCUGAAAUAUCUCCAUAUUUCUGAAAUUUGCAUAUCUUACAUUUGAUGACAGUUAUAUAUACAUAUAGGGACUUGAGAAGGAUGUUGUAGCAGUUAGAAGUGCCUGUUGCUCUUUAAAGUAUCCCAAAUUUGGUUGCCAGAACUCAGUGUUGGAUGGCUCACAACCACCUGUAACUCUAGCUCUAGAGGGUUCUAAUAUCUCUGGUCACUAUAGGGACUUGCAGUCCACAUAUAGGCAGACAGACAGAUACAAUUAAAAAAUCAAAAUCAAAAUCUUUUUAAAAAGAAGUGCAUAUAGGGGCUGUGUUCUAGCUCAGUUGGUAGAGUAUUUACCUUAGCAUGCAUGUAACUCUGGGUUCAGUCACCAGCAUUGCAUAAACUUGACCAUGGCAGGCAUACUACUGUAAUCCCAAUCCUCAAGAGGGAGGAGGCAGGAGGAUAAAAACUUCAAGGUCUUGUUCUAUAUUACAUGGGGUUUAAUGCCACCUCAAUAUCUAAUGUAAUAGAUUAUUAUUUUGCUAUUGAAGCUAACCUGGACACAUGUAAGCUUUUUUUGUUUUUGUUUGUUUGUUUUUGAGACAGAGGUUCUCAGUAAACUAUGGAGCCAGUCCUGAAACUUGCUCUAUAGAUCAGGCUGGCCUCAAACUCAGAGAUCUGCCUGCCUCUGCCUCCCGAGUGCUGGGAUUAAAGGUGUGCACCACCGCCAUCCAGUUCACAUAAGCUCUUAAAAGUAUUUUCUGUCCUUGCAUUUCAGAAGUUGCUUGUUUUUAGCAUUUAUUGGAGAGUUUUGAUAUUAUAUGGCCUGUUAUUGGUAGCCCUCACUUUAUGUUUUUUUCUUUUUUUUUGCCCCCCCCCCCCCAAGAUUAGGUUCAGGGUUUUUGUAUUUAUUUUUGUUUUUUGAGACAGGGUUUCUCUGUGGUUUUGGAGUCUGUCCUGGAACUAGCUCUUGUAGACCAGGCUGGUCUCGAAGUCACAGAGAUCCUCCUGCCUCUGCCUCCCUAGCCCUCGCUGUAAAAGCCUUUUUUUUUUCCCAGUUAUAUUCUUAACAUGGAUACAAGCAGCAGCGGCGGUGGCAGUGUCAGCGGCAGCAGCAGCGGCAGCAGCAGCAGCAUCAGUAGUAGCAGCAGCAGCAGCAGCAGCAGCGGCAGCGGCAGCGGCAGCCGCAGUAGCGCCAGCAGCAGCAGCAGCGGCAACAGCAGCAGUAGCAGCAGUGCCAGCAGCAGCAGCAAAACCUCUGUGACUAAAUUGCCACAGAAAGAAACCAGUCUCCAUCAGUCAAAAAGACGUUUUGUCUGUGAUCUAGUCUGCAUCUUGCCUCUAGUUCCAAUAAAGGGGAACAGCGUUAGUGUAGUAGGAAACAACCAAAACUUAACAAGUAAUCCUGCUUAUUGUAGAAAAUAUGGAAACUGCCCAGAAGGAAAGAAUAUUAUGCUCAUAUUUUCCUUUUGUUUUUUUUUUUCCACCUUAUUACUUAGCUGUGUGGUGAUUGACUCAGACUCUGACUCUCUCUAUGAGGAAAAGAGAUCUAAGAUCUGUGAAAUAAGCAGUGAAGAUGAGUCUUCUGACGAGUCUUCUUCUGACGAGUCUUCUAACGCUAAGGGCUCCAGCGAUCAGAAGUCUCAAGUAAUUGUUAUCGAUGAUGAAGAUGACAAUCCCAAUUUAAAGGGUUCUGAGCAGAAAAAAGAUGUUUCUAGUGAUGAGUGCCAAAUGCCUGUUCUCGAAAAAGAAAUUGAUUGUAUUGCUCUUGGGGCUACUUCAUCUGCUGAUGUUUGUGAAAUAGGGGCCCCUGGAAAAAGUCCCAAACAACCACCACUGGAGCCUGAGCCUGAGCUAGAGCAGGAGCCUGAGCCUGAGCCUGAGCCUGAGCUAGAGCAGGAGCCUGAGCCUGAGCUAGAGCAGGAGCCUGAGCUGGAGCUGGAGCAGGAGCCGGAGCCGGAGCCUGAGCUAGAGCGGGAGCCCGAGCCAGAGCCGGAUCCUGAGCCUGAGCCCAAUCCCGAGCCCGAGCGGGAAUCAGAGCCAGAGCCAGAGGGGGAUCCUGAGCCAGAGGGGGAUCCUGAGCCAGAGGGGGAUCCUGAGCCAGAGGGGGANAGGGGGAUGUCGAAGGGGGAUGUCGAGCCAGAGGGGGAUGUCGAGCCAGAGGGGGAUGUCGAGCCAGAGGGGGAUGUCGAGCCAGAGGGGGAUGUCGAGCCAGAGGGGGAUGUCGAGCCAGAGGGGGAUGUCGAGCCAGAGGGGGAUGUCGAGCCAGAGGGGGAUGUCGAGCCAGAGGGGGAUGUCGAGCCAGAGGGGGAUGUCGAGCCAGAGGGGGAUGUCGAGCCAGAGGGGGAUGUCGAGCCAGAGGGGGAUGUCGAGCCAGAGGGGGAUGUCGAGCCAGAGGGGGAUGUCGAGCCAGAGGGGGAUGUCGAGCCAGAGGGGGAUGUCGAGCCAGAGGGGGAUGUCGAGCCAGAGGGGGAUGUCGAGCCAGAGGGGGAUGUCGAGCCAGAGGGGGAUGUCGAGCCAGAGGGGGAUGUCGAGCCAGAGGGGGAUGUCGAGCCAGAGGGGGAUGUCGAGCCAGAGGGGGAUGUCGAGCCAGAGGGGGAUGUCGAGCCAGAGGGGGAUGUCGAGCCAGAGGGGGAUGUCGAGCCAGAGGGAGAUCCCGAGCUGGAGCCCGAGCUCCAGCAAAGUGUUACAGCCCAAGAGUCCAAGGAGAGAAAGGCGGCCGCUCUGCUGGCGCAACAAAGGAGAAAGAAAAGAAAGAAUAGAUUUAUAUGCAUGGCUCCACCUAAAUCACGUAGGAAACGGCGUCGGGUAGUCUCACAGGAUGUGCCCAGCCUGCCAAGUGCCUCUGCAGAGUCUAGUCCCCCUGAUGAUCCCACAUCAUCAGACCAACCUGCCAAAUGCAUGCCAUUAAAGAAACGCGGAGGCAAAAGGGCACGUACACACGAGUAAAAAGGAUCUUUCUGCAAAUGGUGGUGGGGGCUCCCAUGUCCAUCUUAUGCUCCAAUAUGUUAGCAUUUACAGUUCAGUCCCCAUGGAGUGCUUUUUCCCUGAAUUCCUGUCCCCAUGAUAUCUUGGGUCAUCAUCCUUGACAUGCCCCCACGACAAAUUGUCAAGUCCUCUAUGCAGCCAAAAGUUAGAGUAACGCCUCCAUCUUGCGUUCCCAGUUUUAGAGUUUUUCUCGUGUUGUAACAUGUUGCCAAAUUUGUCCUCUUGGUAGUUUGUUCAUAAGAGGACUCUUAAUGAUUUAUUCUCUUGAGCCUUGUGAGUGGCAUGUAACAGAUGUUUAAUAAAUUUGUUAAAUAAAAUGAGUGAAGUCUUUGGCUGGAGUUACUGGUGCCAUGCGUGAGUUCUGGAAGAAGGCAAAAGGCAAAGUUAGACAUGGAAAUUAUGUGAAGGUGCUGCUGGGAAUAUAUAUGGGGUAUACCAUACAGGCAUCAUAGUUGCGGUUGGUGACCCUAGUUGGAGUCACACAGAAGGUAUGCAGCCUGUCUUGUUGAUAGGUAACUGCCCUGUGCUUGCCUGUGAGCCUUUUUUUUUCUUUUUGGUUUUUUGAGACAGGUUUUUUCUGUUUAGCCCUGGUUGUCCUGAAACUCCCCUUGUAAACCAUGUUGCCUCAAAUUUGGAGAUCCCCCUGCCUCUGCUUCAUGAGUGCUAGGAUUAAAGGCGUGCUCCUCCUCUACUAUCACCCCAC